UAGGGUGUGCUGCAGGGGAGGCUGUGAGGUGUGUGGCGGUGUGGUGAAUGUUGCAACACUAGAGGCUAAGGCAACACAAGGAGGGAAGAAGGAGGAGUCAAGGCCGUGGUUGUGGUGGUGGUGGCGUUGGUGUUGCGUCUUAUCAUCCUGGGAGCAAACACACCACUCACCACUCGCUACUCUCACUCACCACUUUCUCCCUCUGCCGUGAGGACGACGAUGGUGCAGUUAGCAUGCAGUUGUUUAAAUAUCCGUCUGCAUGUGCAGGAGUCUCCUGAAUCCCUUGUGGCCGGAAUACCCAACCUCAGCCCUUCAGAGCGACAGCACCCCUUCUUCCUCAAGGGAGCUUGUCCUGUCACCCUAGGCCUGGGUGGCAUAACUGAGGGACAGAGGUUCCUGGUGCGGCGCUGCAGGGUGGGUGGCUGGACUGUCCUUGAGUGCCUCAACUGCCACCUCCUCACUCACGCCACGCGAGGUGUCGGGGGAGACGUGGCUGCCAGCGCUCUGCUCAUUAGUGAUGCCAACAAGAUUCAGAUGCUGCAGAAGUGUGAUGGCUACUCUCCCGUGUUCAACCUAGUGUUACCCACAGCCCUGGACAGCCAGUCUCCACCACCACUCUCCCCUACAGAGUUCCCUGGUGACAGAUCCCCAGAGACUGACGCAGCUCUUAGUGACAUUCAGCAGCAGAUGACAAGGUUCCUGAAGAAGGCCCAGUCACAGGUGGAAGCCAACAUUCAGUCAUACACCAAGCAGCAGCAGGCAGCUCUCCAGGCCCUGACCUACCGUGCACGCCAGGACCGCCAGACUGUUAUGAGGCUCAUCUCAAACAUGCAGGCCAACUUGCAUUCACAAGCGGAGGACGACGUGCUGUGUGGCUUUGACAUGGAUGGGGCGAGGCCGAGGCAGAGUGACCCCUUCAGCACUCACUCCAGGAUGGGCUUGGGCGAGGCUGAGGACGGCCUGGAUGACGACGUGCCCGGCCUGAGGGAAGAGAGUGAGGGAGAGAUUCCCCCGCUGGUCAGCCUGCAGGUCCGAGGCAACUCCCAGCCUCUCACCAUGAACCACGCACAGGGUGUCACGGCUGGGAUGCGGAACAUGCGCCUCUCGUCCUCCAUGGCAGUGCCGAGGGCCAGCAAGCACGAUGGCCGCCAGGUGGCUCAGUCUCUAGAUGUGGAAGGUCUGUUUGACAUGGAGGGCAUGACGGACGGCGGCAUGGUGGGUGGCAUACUCCCCUGCCACUCCGAGGAUGAGGACGACACGGAUGACUCCAUCAUUGGCGAGGGCAUGCACAUCCCUGGAGGCCGGGACUCCAUUAGGGACCUGGCCAAGUCAGUGCCGGUGAACGUGCCCAUGUGGGCGGCAGCUCGGGCCAAACCCAUGCCGGAGCCGCGGGUGAUAGAGAGACCAAGUGACAUCAACCAGAUGGGCGCCUCCAUCAAGGCUCUGGCUCGCAGUGUUCACACAACCUCCGUCGACUUGUUUGGUGACCUCCCUCGCCCCAGACAGCCUCUCUAGGACACAACAAGGCAGCACCAUAGGAUAGUGUGCAUAUGUGUGUGUGUGUGUGUGUGUGUGUGUGUGUGUGUGUGUGUGUGUGUGUGUUUAAGUGUGUGUAAGUGUGUGUUUUUGCUAUGAGAACUUCACUUGUCAAGAGACUUCUGCAUAUGUGUGAGUUUGUGUGUGUGUGAGUGUGUGUG